GUCAACGAGUGGUACCUCUUCCACGGAUGCCACGAGAAGGCCGCCCACAGCAUCUCUACCCACGACUUCAAGAUCAGUGCUGCCAUGAGGCCCGGAGGAGAGAGCCUGCCCGCGCAGGCGGCCCCGGGGCCACCCGCCGCCCCGGAGGGCGGCUGGGCGGGAUGCCGAGGCGGCGUCGCGGAGCCCGGGCGCCGCCGGCUGCCCCCGGAGGGCUUCCGAGGGUGCGCCUUCGCGCGUGCUGGAGCGCGGUCGGGUGCAGGAGCAGGGCUGGGCACACUCAGACACGAAUCCUGCACCAAAGCGGACGAGUACUCCAAGCCGAACUCGCAGGACGAGUUCUGCCUGCUGCUCUGCAGGGCGCUGGGUGGCAACGUGCGCUACACCGCUGCCGUGACGCCCGACCCCGAUGCAUUGGUCAAAGAUUGUAUCGAAGGCCCCUACGAGUGUAUCCUGGGGGACCGCGAGAAAUGCAGAAAUACAUUUCGCGAGUUUGUGUUCUAUGAUACGGAGAACUUGUUCGCCGAGUACAUCAUUAACUACAAGCGAGUUUGGACGUGA